AUGCGCUGCCAUAGGUGCCUCGAGAGGGGCCACACGAGGGUGACCUGUCCCAGCGCAGUGGACAGGAGCGGGAGGUGCUACCGGUGCGGUGAGACCGGUCACACCUCCCGCGAUUGCCGAUCUGCCUCCAAGUGCCCGCUUUGUGCGGACAAGGGCAGACCGGCGACGCACGUGCUGGGCGCAAAGUCUUGCGUCCAGCGGAACGUGCGCGGGAGGCCACCGGGGCGGCGCUCAUUGGAGCAGGCGCCUGCAGCCGGUGCCCCCCUCCCGGCCGAAAACCGGCCGAUGGAGGAAGGGGAGGAGACGGGGGGCGGCGAAAUGGGCGAGAGGCCCCAGCCGCAGCGUCAGCCGGCGCGAAAGGAGAAGGCCCCCAGUACAGAGGCCAUGGAGAUAGAGGCCCCAUCGGACGGGGGGGAAGAGAACUAG